UUUGUGAUUUAUCCCAAUGAUUCUUUUUCCAAUAAUAUCGUUUUGAUGUUCUUGUCGGGUCUGCAGCUUAAUCAAGAAGUUGUGUAUUAUAUAUGUUUUUGUUGGUUUCUUUGAUCUUAUAUAUUUUGUCUAAGUUAUCUUUUAGAGUUAUCUUAAUCAAAAAUUAGUUCAAACAAAACCGAUAAUAAUACUAAUUAUCUGUUGCAUAAGUAAAUUUCUAGUCAAAUUUUAUGUGAUAUAAUCAGUUUACCUAAUUUGGGCUUAGAAAGAUAGAGUUCGAUUUAAGAUUUCCCAAAAGUUAAAAAACUUUCCUUUUUCAUGAAAGCUCAACAACUUCAAAUCUUUAAUUCCUGGCAGUUUCUUCUUGUCAUUAUUGAUUGUUCUUCAGUUUUUUUUUUUUGUUGCUUUGUUGCUUUGUUUUAACUCCUUUGUCCGAAACUGCUGUUUCAAUUUGGAUGGAAUAUGUUAUAGGAGUUUUUUUUUUUGUGGUUCAAGCUGUGUUCCUCCUCAUUGGUAAACAGAGCAAUCAUGCUAAAUCUUGGCCAUCAUCAAACUCAUUGAAUAAGGAAAGUAAUGUUUGAGAAAUGGGAAAGAAAGGAAGUUGGUUCUCUGCAAUCAAAAGGGUUUUCACACCACAUUCCAAAGAGAAACAGCUAAGCAACAACAACCAAGAACCAGAGAGAAAGAGUGAAAACAAAGAAAAGAAGAAGAAAGGUUUUGGAAAGAAGCUAAGGAAUGGAGAAACCAAUACAUUUCUUCCCAUUUUUAGACAGCCUAGUAGUAUCGAGAAGAUCUUGUCUGAUGCCGAACGAGAGCACAACCUUGUCUUUAGGCCACCAUCUCCCCUCACGGAUCGAGCAAAGGCCUCAUCUGCCUCUGUUCCAUCUCCUUCUUUUAGGACUGCUUCUCCUAAACUGCCUUCUCAGAGAUAUGUCUCUUCUCCUAAACCAGUUUCGCCAAGAUAUGCUUCCUCUCAAGCCCCUUCUCCAAAGCCCCCUUCUCCAAAGCCCCCUUCUCCAAAGCCUCCUUCUCCAAGAGCCGUUUCGCCUAGGAUUGUGCAGCGACGUGAGUUUGUGCAUAGACCAGAGCCAACUCUACUGGUCAGAAAUGCUACUGCAACAAAGAUUCAAGCAGCUUUCAGAGGUUACAUGGCAAGGAGGAGUUUCAGAGCUUUGAAAGGUCUUGUUAGGCUUCAAGGAGUGGUGAGAGGACACAGCGUGAAGCGUCAAACGAUGAAUGCUAUGAAGUAUAUGCAGCUUUUAGUCCGAGUCCAAACACAAGUUCAGUCACGUCGCAUCCAAAUGCUGGAAAACAGAGCUAGGAAUGAUAAAGAUGACACCAAAUUCGUCUCUAGCCUUAUGUCUGAGGAUUGGGACGAUAGUGCGCUGACAAAAGAAGAAAAAGAUGCGAGGCUACAUAGGAAGAUUGAUGCAAUGAUCAAAAGAGAGCGGUCCAUGGCCUAUGCUUAUUCUCACCAGUUAUGGAAAAAUAGUCCAAAGUCCGCUCAGGACAUUCGAACAAGUGGGUUCCCACUUUGGUGGAACUGGGUGGAUCGGCAGAAGAACCAAAGCCAACCAUUCAGGCUAACACCAACACGGCCGAGCCCAAGCCCUCAGCCUCAAACUAGCAACCAAAACCAUUUCAGGCUCAACAACAGUUUCGACAUCUCCACACCCAACUCAUCAAAAUCCACAUAUGUUACUCCAUCUAGACCCUUUCAUACUCCGCAACCAUACAGUAGCAGCGUAUCAAGAUACUCACGAGGAGGAGGAAGAGCUACACAAGAUUCUCCUUAUAAAGAUGAUGAUAGCCUCACAAGUUGCCCUCCAUUCUCAGCUCCAAGCUACAUGGCUCCAACAGUCUCAGCUAAAGCAAAACUGAGAGCAAACAGCAAUCCAAAAGAGAGAGUGGACCGUACACCGUUUAGCACAAACGAGAAGAGACGGAGUUCGUUCCCUCUUGGUUCGUUUAAAUGGACCAAAGGGUCAUUGUUCAUGAGCAGCAACAGUAACAACAACAACAAGGGUCCAGGUUCUUCAUCUUCUAGUGCUGUGGUGCUUGAGAAGCACAAAACCCUCAAAUCCGUAGAAAAUUUGAGUAUUGAUUCUACUGUUUCGAUGCCUGCAACAGUUGGGAGGAGGGCUUUUAACAGAUUUGCGUGAUUUGUCUUUUUUUUUUUGAAAAGAAAAAAACACCUUCACUUUUUUUUUUCUCAGUUGAUUCUUCUUUGAUUUGUUUAUCUUACAUCAAUUUUUAUGAGUGGUGAUGAUUUUGAGUGUUGUUUGUGUUCUUUGAUUACGACUUUUACAGAUGUAACAUGAUAAUAAAAAGUAAACAAGAAAAACAGAGGAUUUGGAUUGUA